UUCAUGCGCGGGAAUGAUCAAUUGUCAAACAGAUUCCGUUUCGUGUCUUCCUCCCUGGUCAACAAAGCAUUAAUUUGUAGGGAACCGGAUUCAUGUAGAGAGUACUUAGUCAAGAGAUUCAUGGCCAGCAGUACAAACAACUUGUAUCUUUGGCCGUAUAAUUCAGGGUGUCACUGGUUGUUGCUUGCUAUUGAUCCUUUAAAAGAAGUGGUAUAUUUUCUGAAUUCGAUAGAUGGUGAAUGGACAAAUUAUCCGGAUAUGAAGCAAUUAGUUGAUACAUCAAUAAAAGUGUUCCGAUCUCAAAGACAAGCUCGAGUACCACGUACUAAAUCCAGCAACAUUACGUGGAUAAAAGUGCAGUGUCCUCUACAGCGCAACGGUAUCGAUUGCGGAUACUUUGUAAUGAGGUUUAUGAGGGAAAUCAUUAAUAUGAAUCAAAUAGAGAUUCCAAUCACGUACUUUGAUGAAUACAAGUGUGCUCAUUACACGAGACUGCAGUUGGAACAAAUCAAGGAGGAAUUGUGUCAAUAUUUUAUUGAGAAAAGAUUACUUAGUAUAUAAUGGUUUCAAAAUAACAUGAAUACUUUGAUGAAGAAUGGUUUCUGGUUGGCAAGUGUAUAGUUCUUUAUAUUUUUAACAGAUUAGUUAUGACUCCA